UGAUUUUUAAUACUAAUAGAAUAGAGGAAAUCAAUGUAUGGGAGGGGCGGUGAACAGUGAACUGAUUACUAGUAAGAGUAUUGUGUUGUGUUUGCAAAACUAGGUUAAGUUGUGGGGAAGGAGAGAAAAAUGCAUCUGAGCGAAAACGAAGGGAUAGAGAAGAAGAGUUUCGUGGUUACCGGUGGACUUGGUUUUAUAGGCGCCGCACUUUGUGUUGAACUCGUCAGAAGGGGUGCUCGUCUUGUCAAAGCAUUUGAUCUUAGAACCCAUUCUCCUUGGUCAUCUCAACUCCGUCAGUAUGGGGUUCAAAUCAUUCAAGGGGAUAUAACAGACAAACAACAUGUCCAGAAAGCACUACAAGGGUCAGAUUGUGUUUUCCAUCUUGCUUCUUAUGGCAUGUCCGGGAAAGAAAUGCUUCAGUAUAGUCGUGUUGAUGAGGUUAAUAUUAAUGGAACCUGCCACAUUAUUGAUGCUUGCCUUCACCAUCACAUUAAGAGGCUUGUUUAUGUCAGCACACCUAAUGUUGUUUAUGGUGGUAAGGAAAUUCUUAAUGGCAAUGAGAACCUACCUUAUUUCCCAAUAGAUGACCAUGUUGAUCCAUAUGGACGAAGCAAAUCAAUUGCUGAACAAUUGGUCCUAAAGAGCAACCGUCGUCCCUUCACUAAGAAGAAUGGCGAAUGCCUUUACACCUGCGCAAUUCGUCCAGCUGCUAUAUAUGGUCCAGGUGAAGAAAGGCACCUGCCGAGGAUCAUAACUCUUACAAAGCUAGGUCUGUUUCCCUUUAAAAUCGGUUCACCAAAUGUAAAAUCAGAUUGGGUGUACGUCGACAAUCUUGUAUUGGCACUUUUAUUGGCUAGCAUGGGACUUUUGGAUGACAUCCCUGGCAGAGAAGGGCAUCCAAUUGCUGCUGGUCAACCUUAUUUUAUAUCAGAUGGUUCUCCUAUCAACAGUUUCGAGUUCCUUCGCCCUUUACUGGAAAGCCUGGAUUAUGAUCUACCAAAGACAUCACUAGCUGUCUCUCAUGCACUUCUUCUGGGAAGAAUUUUCUGGGCUUUCUACUCCUUGCUGUAUCCUUGGUUGAAUAGUAGGUGGCUUCCUCAACCUCUGAUCCUUCCUGCUGAAGUCUACAAGGUUGGUGUCACUCAUUACUUUUCUUUCCUAAAAGCAAAAGAGGAACUUGGUUACGUCCCAAUGGUAAGUUGUAAGGAGGGCAUGGCUGCAACUAUUGCAUAUUGGCAAGAAAGAAAACGGAGGAGUUUGGACGGACCUACAAUAUGGGCAUGGCUGUUUUGUGUGAUUGGAAUGUUGGGGUUGUUUGCUGCUGCAUAUCUGCCCGACUAUGGGCCCAUCCCCUUAAUUAGAGCAGUUCACCUCUUCUUCUUUCGCUCUAUAUUGGCAUUGAAAGUGAUAUUUGUUCUAGCAGCUGCUGCACAUGUAGGUGAAGCUAUAUAUGCAUGGAAUGUUGCAAAAACAAUAGAUCCUGCAAAUGCAAGAGGAUGGUUUUGGCAGACAUUUGCUUUGGGGAUAUUUUCCCUACGAUUACUUCUGAAGAGAGCUAAAAAGUAGGGAUUAGCGGCCAUAUUUCUCUUUAAAAAAAUAUGAAGCAUGUCACAUCAAACAAGUUUUUUUUUUAAAUUUUUUAUAAUAAACGAGUUUAAGUUGUCAUCCUAAUCUUGUACUGGUUCAUUCCUUUGCA